AUUCCUGCCGAUUUGGAAGUUUGAACCAUGUCUACUUGUCACCCACCUGAGAGCUAAACGGCCGUUUUCCGUCGUCGGAAUUAAGAUUUCGAUCAGAGCCCAAAGCCACAGGUUUCUAGGGUUUCUCUGAUUGCAGUGGAACCCUCCGCUUUCAGCCAUGGCGUCACCUCCUCGGUCGCGCGUCAAUCAGUAUUUUUCUUCAAAGAAAAGGAAGCCUUCAUCACCCGCAUCGAUGUCUGGGACAAAUGAAAAAGAUGUAAAAACUAUGGUAGAGGGUUCGCCCGGUGCCAAAGGCACUUUGGACAAUUAUUUGUUGGGUUCACAGGACAAUAGUAUCUCCCCAAAGCCGUCGCUCAGAGUUUGUGAUUCAUUAGCCCAGCAAGAUCAAGUUCGAAGGAAUUUGACAUCAAUGAUGGAUAAUUCCUUGAAAGAUGAAUUUAAACAGCUCCCUUUGUCUUCUCAACUGCACUCUCGAGCUAAUAAUGCCUCCAAAGAAAAUCAGAAGGAAACAUCCAAGGGAUUAACCAAGGUGGGUGAUGGUGCAGUUGGAGAUACGGUGAAGGAUUACUUAGCUCUCACAGAAGGUGGGGAAAGUGCAGAACUUAAAGAGUUUGCAGCAGACUUUUUGUCUUUGUAUUGCAGUGAUGUUCGACCAAAUGAAAGUACUCUGCCAGAGAUGAAAGUAAAUGACCAUAAGAGACAAGCUAGCCCAUCUCAGCUUGACCGGGAGGACACGAUAUUUAAAAAGAGGCAUCUCAUUACCAAUCAGUCACACAUGGAACAUGAAUCAAGUUGCUGCAGUGAGAAGAGUUCUGAAGCCAUGCAGUCUGGUCGUCCUGAUGAAAAUAGGGUUACCGUCGUUAAUGAACUGCUUGAGCUCCAGUCAACCUUGAAAACAUGCAGUAAUACACCAAAACAAUUUGUAGACAUGUUUAAAUGCUAUACACCAGGCUCGUUGACUAGAAAAUCUAUUGUUCGUGAAACCCCCAAGUCACGUGGAAGCUCAUCAUUUUCACCUGGAGAAGCUUUUUGGAAUUAUGCAAUUCAACUUGCUGAUGGUCUGUGUGCACAAGCAGCAGAAGUAAUUAGUGCUGCAGACAUCCAAUAUCAUAGUAAAAGUUCAUGCAAUUUGAGAAAUGCACCCUGUGACGGCAAGUCAAAGGAAAUGCUGAAUGAAGGUGAGCGCAUGGAUAACGGUGCUAAUUCAGGGCCAGAGGGGAAGUAUAGAAAGGAUUUAGAUAAAGAAGUAUCCCCAUUGCCGGUUAAACAUUUAGAUUUUUCUUGCGAAGACAAAAAUUUGGGUGAAGUUGUACCAUUACCACAUCAUUGUGAUGCAUACAAUUUAAAAAGCGCAGCUCUUAUAGGUGGUGAGCAAUCUGAAUCCAGCCUUACAGACCAUAGAGGUCUGAGAAAUACUAUCAUGACCCGUUGCAGCAAAUCUCAGGAAAAUCAAGUCAUAUUUCGAGAACCAGAACCAGAUACUGUUAAUGCAGUGACCAACAUGAAAGUGGAUUUGACAGGCAAAGAUAAUGAUAGCAUGACAUCUUAUUCACCAGUUGAUGAAGUCGUGAAGUUGAAUGGUAACCAUGAAUCUAGUGAAGCAAGUACUCCUUCAAGCUCUAUGCCUCUCAAAGAUCGCCUCAAUCUGAACAGUUGGCUUCCACCAGAAAUAUGCAGCAUAUACAGAAAGAAAGGAAUUUCAAAACUUUAUCCUUGGCAGGUUGACUGCCUUCAGGUGGAUGGUGUAUUGCAGAGAAGGAAUCUCGUAUAUUGCGCAUCAACAAGUGCUGGCAAAAGUUUUGUUGCAGAAAUUCUAAUGUUGCGGCGGGUCUUAUCAACUGGAGCAAUGGCUUUACUUGUACUGCCCUAUGUGUCAAUUUGCGCAGAAAAGGCAGAACAUUUGGAUGUACUUCUUGAACCACUUGGUAAGCGUGUUCGUAGUUAUUACGGAAACCAAGGUGGUGGAACACUUCCCAAAGAUACUUCUGUAGCUGUCUGCACAAUAGAAAAGGCAAACUUUUUGAUAAACAGGCUGCUGGAAGAGGGUCGUCUUUCAGAAAUUGGGAUUAUUGUGAUUGAUGAACUGCACAUGGUUGGAGAUCCAAGUAGGGGUUAUCUUCUGGAACUUCUGUUGACCAAACUUCGUUAUGCAGCUGGUGAAGGCAAUUCUGGAUCAAGUAGUGGAGAAAGUUCAGGUAUGAGUAGUGGUAAGGCUGACACUGCUCAUGGUCUGCAAAUUGUUGGGAUGAGUGCAACUAUGCCAAAUGUGGCAGCCGUUGCUGAUUGGCUUCAGGCUGCACUAUACCAGACAGAAUUUCGACCAGUACCAUUAGAAGAAUAUAUUAAAGUUGGUAACACCCUUUAUAACAAGAAAAUGGAUAUUGUUAGAACAUUUCCUAAAGUGGCUGACCUUGGUGGUAAAGAUCCAGAUCAUGUUGUGGAGCUGUGCAAUGAGGUUGUUCAAGAGGGUCUUUCCGUGCUAAUAUUUUGCUCUAGUCGAAAGGGAUGUGAAUCAACAGCGAGGCAUGUUUCAAGAUUCCUCAAGAAAUUUUCACCUAACAUUCACAGUGAUGACAGUGAAUUUCACGAUGUUGCUUUGGCUAUUGAUGCCUUACGAAAGUGCCCUGCUGGCUUGGAUCCAGUAUUAGAAGAAACUCUUCCUGCUGGUGUUGCCUAUCACCAUGCUGGCCUCACGGUUGAGGAGAGAGAGAUUGUCGAAAAUUGCUACCGUAGAGGCCUGGUACGUGUCUUAACUGCUACAUCUACCUUAGCAGCUGGGGUUAAUCUACCAGCUAGGCGGGUCAUUUUUCGUCAGCCCAAGAUUGGUCGUGAUUUUAUUGAUGGGACUAGGUACAGACAGAUGGCUGGUCGGGCUGGUCGAACUGGAAUAGAUACAAAAGGAGAAAGUGUACUUAUUUGCAAGCCAGAAGAGAUCAAAAGAAUUAUGGGAGUUCUUACUGAAAGCUGUCUGCCAUUGCGUUCUUGUCUAUCUGAAGAUAUGAAUGGAAUGACCCAUGCUAUCUUAGAAGUUGUAGCUGGGGGAAUGGUUCAAACUGCUAAUGACAUUCAUCGAUAUGUUAGGUGCACACUUCUAAACUCCACUAAACCAUUUCAAGAUGUGGUGAAAUCAGCACAGGAAUCUUUGCGGUGGUUGUGCCAUAGGAAAUUUCUAGAAUGGAAUGAGGAUACUAAGUUAUACAGUAUCACACCUCUUGGACGUGCAGCAUUUGGCAGUUCUCUCUGCCCUGAAGAAUCACUUAUUGUGCUGGAUGAUCUUUCAAGAGCAAGAGAAGGGUUUGUGCUUGCAUCUGAUUUGCAUUUAGUUUACCUAGUAACACCAAUAAAUGUUGACGUUGAGCCUGAUUGGGAACUGUAUUAUGAACGGUUCAUGGAAUUGUCGGCUCUUGACCAGUCUGUUGGCAAUCGUGUUGGAGUGACAGAACCAUUUUUGAUGCGAAUGGCACACGGUGCACCUGUGCGUUCAUCAAACAGGUUCAGAGAAAAUCUGAAACCGCUGCAUGGAAAAUAUGAAAGCGGACCUGGAAUGAACAACAAUACUGUACUUCAGGAUGAUCAAAUACUUCGAGUGUGUAAACGGUUCUAUGUUGCUCUCAUCCUGUCAAGACUAGUUCAGGAAGCUGCUAUCACUGAGGUUUGUGAAGCUUUCAAAGUGGCCAGGGGUAUGGUGCAGGCCUUGCAAGAGAAUGCUGGAAGGUUUGCAUCUAUGGUAACCAUGUUUUGUGAGAGGCUUGGAUGGCAUGAUUUCGAGGGCUUGGUUUGCAAGUUCCAAAAUCGUGUUUCAUUUGGAGUGAGAGCAGAGAUUGUAGAGCUUACUACAAUUCCAUAUGUCAAGGGUUCUCGAGCAAGGGCACUCUAUAAAGCUGGCUUGCGUACUUCUUUAGCAAUUGCUGAAGCGUCCAUCCCUGAAAUUGUCAAAGCUCUUUUUGAAUCUUCAUCAUGGAAUGAGCAAGAAGGUUCAGCUCAAAGGCGCAUCCAAGUAGGCGUAGCAAGGAAGAUCAAGAAUGGUGCACACAAAAUAGUUCUUGAAAAAGCUGAAGAGGCAAGAGUUGCUGCCUUCUCAGCUUUCAAAGCUCUUGGAUUGGAUGUCCCACAAUUUUCUCGACCGGUAUUUUCAACUGGCGGUGGAAGUCCCAGUAUGCAAGGAGCAGGAAAUUCCUCUGGUGAUAACUCCACUAGUAGCUUUCCUAAUGUAGAGCACAGCAAAGAGUAUGGUGCUAAGCCAUCUUUGGAAGGUAGGGUCCAUUCUGAAAAGGUUGCAGAAGUAAAUUCAACUGGUAUCAUGCAAAUUAAGUCUGGUCCUGAAAAUUCUAAAGUACAUAUUCGAGGGUCUGCUACGCCCGUAGAGGAGCUUACUGUUGUGGUUGAUCAAAACAAAAAUGCUGAUUUGACUGACCGGGUUCAGUUACAAAGCUUGGCUGACAGAACCAGGGCAUCUGAUGAGUCUCUUGAUCUUGAAAACCAGGAACGCUGUAGAAGGGAUAAUUUGUCCUCUGGCUAUAAGGGCAAUGCUUGUGAGAAAGGCCCAAUUCACGCAGUUAAUACUCUUGGUGGUUUUGAUUCCUUCUUGGAUCUCUGGGAAUCCACCUCAGAGUUCUAUUUUGAUAUUCACUACAACAAAAGAUCGGAAUUCAAUUCUGUUGCGCCUUUUGAAAUACAUGGCAUAGCCAUAUGUUGGGAAAACUCUCCUGUGUACUAUGUCAAUAUUCCUAGGGAUCUACUGUGCUCAGACAGCGGUAAAAAUGAAUGCUUGAAUUUGAAUGGAUCCGGCAAUGGAAGUAAUGGCUUACCUCUUGAUGAUUUGUUGGAGAUGGCUGAAUGUAGAUGGAACAGGAUUGGUAAAAUAAUGGGGAAAAGAGGUGUUAGAAAAAUUACUUGGAAGUUGAAAGUUCAGAUUCAGGCACUUAAAAGUCCUGCAGUUCAUACUCAGAGAUUUGGUUGUCAGAAUCUUGGAGGGAAAAGUGCUUGUUUUGAAAUCAUAGACAGCUCGUUUUUAUUGUUGCCUCCAGUUCAUAUAAAAGAUGGAAUUGACAUGUGCAUCGUGGCCUGGGUUCUUUGGCCUGAUGAGGAGAGAAGCUCUAAUCCUAACCUGGAAAAGGAAGUUAAGAAAAGGUUAUCCAGUGAAGCUGUGGCAGCUGCUAAUCGGAAUGGAAGGUGGAAGAAUCAAAUGCGAAGAGCUGCACACAACGGUUGCUGCCGUCGGGCUGCACAAAUACGGGCCUUAUGUUCUGUUCUUUGGAAGUUACUUGUUGCUGAAGGCCUUACUGAAGCCCUCCUAAAUAUUGAAAUCCCUUUGGUUAAUAUUCUUGCUGACAUGGAGCUAUGGGGAGUGGGUCUUGACAUGGAGGGAUGCUUACAAGCACGCAAGGUGUUAGGAAAAAAGUUAGGACAGCUUGAGAAGGAAGCUUACAAGCUAGCUGGCAUGAAAUUUUCGUUAUCUACGGCAGCAGAAAUUGCUAACGUAUUAUAUGGACACUUAAAGUUGCCCAUACCAGAGGGGCGCAAUAAGGGGAAGCAACAUCCAAGUACGGACAAGCAUUGCUUGGAUUUAUUAAGGGAUGAGCAUCCUAUAAUUCCCGUCAUUAAAGAGCAUCGUACGUUGGCAAAACUCCUAAACUGUACAUUGGGAUCAAUUUGUUCACUGGGUAGGCUAUCCAUGAGGACACAGAAGUACACAUUACAUGGUCAUUGGCUCCAAACAUCAACAGCAACUGGUCGGCUUUCAAUGGAGGAACCAAAUCUCCAGUGUGUUGAACAUAUGGUUGACUUUAAAAUGAAUAAGGAUGGAAAUGGAAACAAAACUGAUAUUGAUCAAUUCAACAUCAAUGCUCGUGAAUACUUCAUUCCUACUCAGGACAACUGGUUACUGUUAACUGCAGAUUAUUCUCAGAUUGAAUUGCGUCUGAUGGCACAUUUCUCUAAAGACUCUGCACUCAUUGAACUCCUUAGUAAUCCCCAUGGUGAUGUCUUCACCAUGAUAGCAGCUAGAUGGACUGGUAUUUCACAAGAGUCUGUUAGUUCCCAUGUACGAGAUCAGACUAAAAGGUUGGUGUAUGGCAUUCUUUAUGGAAUGGGUCCUAAUAGCCUUGCAGAACAACUGGACUGCAGUCAAGAAGAAGCUUCUGAAAAAAUAAAGAACUUUAAAAGUUCUUUUCCUGGAGUUGCUUCUUGGCUCAAUGAAGCAGUUGCAUAUUGCCGCACGAAAGGAUACAUCGAAACCCUUAAGGGAAGAAAGCGCUUUUUGUCAAAAAUAAAACUAGGAAACAGUGGAGAAAAGUCGAAGGCUCAGAGACAAGCUGUGAAUUCUAUAUGUCAGGGAUCUGCUGCUGACAUAAUUAAGCUUGCAAUGAUAAAUAUAUAUUCUGUGAUAGUUGAGGGUGUUGAAAGGCCUGAUUCUUCUUCUCAUCCUGCAACAAAGUUACACAUACUGAAGGGCCGCUGCAGAAUUUUAUUACAGGUACAUGAUGAAUUAGUACUGGAAGUUGAUCCUGUUGUGAUAAAGGAAGCUGCUUUGCUGCUACAGACGAGCAUGGAAAAUGCUGUUUUGCUUCGUGUUCCAUUGCAUGUCAAAGUGAAAGUCGGAAGAUCGUGGGGUUCCUUGCAACCUUUUCAGGUCGACCAAUAUAAAGAUAAAGCUGUUGUGCCUGCACAAUAAUUUGACCAAGCUUUUUUUAAAUAUGUUCCGAUGAUAUACAUAAUACACAGGGAAAUUCACUAUAUAUUCUGGCUACGCAAUGCUUUCCUUGGAAAGAUGCUGGACUAGACUGCAUGUCAUUCAAAAUUCUUGAGGAAAAUUUGCAGAGCUGUCAUUGGGGGUUAUGAACUUGGAAUUCUUUUUAUGGGAGUGGAUGCAACUGUUGGAGAUCACAGAAGAACCACCUGGAAUAGAAACACAAUGCUAACUGACCAUGUAGAACUGACGGGUUCAAGGAUCGUAAGCUCCUGAUUUCUUAAACCAGACAAUAGUGUCCUCGAAAAGAAAAUGGCAGAUGGCAAGGGUUCGUGGUGGAAAUUUGAGAAAUUGGAAGGCAAGGUGCUUUGGGUUCCAUUUCGAUGUGUCUGCACAUGGCAGACUGCUACUGCCUUAUCGUUCAUGUUGUCAUCACUUUACAAAGACACCAUAUAAGCACCUAUUUUUUCUGGUGCAUGACUGGAUAAAACAGCGUACUUGUAAUCGAGCUUAUGACACGCAACAAGUUCGUCGCCUGCCAGCUGAUAAACGAUAGAAUCAUCAUUCAUUCAGAUGUUUUUAGUCUUCGAUUGUACAGAUUUAUCUCAUUAACUCAAAAUGUAUUCAUUGUACAGCAUGAUUAUAUAAUACACACCUUAUGCCUCUGAUGAGUUAUCGAGGCCAUUCA